AGUUCAGGUUACAUCUUCUGUGCGUGGGGACUGUGGCUGACUUGUAACCCAGCUUUUCCCACUUGCUUCGUCAGAGGCCAGUCACCACUGCACAUCCUGGGGCAGUAUGGCAGAGAGAACGCGGCAACCAUCUUCGAGCUGUUCCUGGAGUGCAUGCCUGAGUACCCUCUGGAUAAACCGGACGCGGAAGGAAACACAGUGCUGCUCUUGGCAUACAUGAAAGGGAACGCCAACCUGUGCCGUGCCGUCGUCCGCUCCGGGGCUCGCCUUGGGGUCAGCAAUAACCAGGGAGUCAACAUCUUCAACUACCAGGUUGCCACCAAGCAGCUUCUGUUCAGACUGUUAGACAUGCUGUCCAAGGAGCCUCCGUGGUGCGACGGGUCCACCUGUUACGAGUGUGCCGCCAAGUUUGGAGUCACGACUCGCAAACAUCACUGCCGCCACUGCGGACGCCUUCUUUGCCAUAAAUGCUCGACCAAGGAGAUUCCUAUUAUAAAGUUUGACCUGAACAAGCCCGUGCGAGUUUGCAACAUUUGCUUUGAUGUACUGACUCUGGGGGGGGUCUCUUAGGGGGCCCCCAGGCCACACCCCGGUCGCCUCCCCAGCAGCUGUUCUGCUCUCCAGCCCGACCACCCAGAGCAGGGGUUGCCGGCCCGUCUUCCUGCGGAACAGACUGAGCGAUUAAGGACCCCGGUGUGAUUGACCCCAUCUCAAGGAUCCGGUGGGUUGUCCGUGUGUCCGGCUGGGAUCGAGGUCACUGGAUGACUCGGGGGGGCAGGCCUUGUCGCCUCAGUGGCACCUGUGACAGGAGUUGGACCCCAGUCUGCUUGCAACUUACGAGGACACUCGGAAAACCAGUCCCCUCCCAGUAGCUUAGUGUCCGUGUCGACCAUUGCCGUGGUCUUCCUGCGCGGGCGGGCGGACGGGCGGUCAGAGCCCCGCAGGGGGAGGCGGGCGUCUGGCCGCUCGGUGAGCGCUGUCUUCACUCUGGGUAAGUGGCAGUGCGCAGCGUUUUCAUAAAGAUCAUAGGAUACUCUUGCCCGAAGUCCUUUUUUUUUUUUUUUUAACCUAAGCUGAGAUUUUUUUAGUGAGCUGCCCCUUUAAAAAAGGUGAAAUCUUUCUAAACAGGGUUCAAAGAUGAGAGCUGAAAAAUCGUGGCCUUAACAACUGAAAGCUUUACCCGUCUUCACGCUCCUGGGUUCAGGAGUGCAGCGUCUCGUUCUCUCGUCUGGCUGUGUCCUGUCUGUGGAGGCCUCGCUCUGCCACCGGGGCAUGGUGGUGGAGGUGCACUUUGAUUGUGCUGCACUUUUUAAAAAACAUAGCUGCAUUAUGGCUGAUUCCGAUUUAAAAAUCCACAUUCAGAAGUAGCCUCACACAUCCACGCAUUAGUGAUUCUGACGAUCAGCUCUGAUGGGACCUCAGUGCACAGGGAGCUGCGGAGUGGCCCUGGGAGCAAGAGUGUCACCCGGGCCCAGCGGUGGGGAGGGGAUCGUGCAGCCUCAGGCCGGCAGGUGCAGGAAUCCCGAGUUCCCAGGGGCUUGCCCCGCCUAGCAGGUGCGAGCCGGUUGGGAACACGCUGGCUCGUCCGCGGAAUGAGGCCCCAGAGCCUCCUGGCCCUAGUCGCUGCUAGUGCGUAUGCUAACCCUGUGGCGCUGAACGUCUCCCUUGGAAGGUUUGGCCAGUUUUUUAAAAAUGUACAUUUAAAGAGAAACUUCUAGCACUGCUUUAAAGAAAGAAACCCUGAGAUGAACAUGUGUGUUCCUAAGUUACUCUCAGAGAUUAACAGUCUCGAUCGUAAUGCUGAUUUUUCAGACAUUUAACAACCACUACAUUGUUUUUGCAUUAAUGAAGUAUGGGUAUAUGUGUAAAGGGACUAAAUAUUUUUUUGGGUAGUAUGUUCUUUCUGUUGCUGUAGAUUUAUACAUUUUGUUGCCUAAAUGUGUGUGUAAAAUGAGCUGAUAAACCAGAGUGCUACUUUUUAAUAUUUCUGUGAUUUAUGAAAUAUAUAAGCUUUCUAUGUUAAUACGAGCUUGUGCACAAUGUUUAAAAGAAAAAAUUAGAAGAGUUCCCCAGUCCCCUAAGUCUGUGUCACAUUUCCUAUAGACUUUUUACAGAGGAACAGCUGGUCUUGGCAGACACUUGCCUACGUGAGGCCUGUGGUCAGCUUCUGUUUUCUGGUGCCUGACGGGGCCACGAGGAAGCAGGGCUUCGUGAGGUGGCCUGGUUGUGUAGUUGGUACUUUUAUACUCGCUCUUUCCAUGUUCAUGGUGGAGCGCGGAGGACGGGAAGUCCAUCAGGGGUGAGGCUGACGGUCUAGCUCCCGCCCUGCCUUUACCAGUUUUAGUAACAAUCUUGCCUCUUAUUGCACUUAAAAAUCUUCAAAGGCGUGUUUAGAAUAUGUCGAGUCCAGCUUCUGUUUCUUCACGGAGUCCAGGGACGGCUGUGGUACCGAGCAGCCACGGAACGGGGGAGCAUUUUGUGAGUUCUGCGCCGGCUUCAGGCUGCGCCCUUGCACGUGUAGACGGGGCCCCUUUGCACAGCCUCGGGGGGCCUCCGGGGCCGCGGGGGUGCUCGCUGGGCUGCGUGCGGCUGCCCGUGGGACCCCCCCCGGCACCGCCCUUGCUGGCCCUCGACGCGCUGUGGAACCGCAGGGCUGUUGUCGUUACAGUUUAAUCCGUAGCUUAAACACUAGUAGCGGAAUCUCAGUUUUAUUCAGAGCUGCCAGGUGUGAGGAAUAAACUUUCCGAAACGCGGUGUGUGCACCCGCGAACGUUGUGGCGCGGCGUCAGCCCUGCCUGCCGCCUGCUCACCGCCCGGCCCGCGGGACAGCGUUCUCCGCGGUCUCUGGCCCGCGCUGCGCGUGCGCCCAGUGGCCGGCUUGCUGCGAUCCUCCGGCGCGGGAACACCCACCCAACUCAAGUGCCUCCACUUAGGACUUUCUAGUUCUCGGUGACGGUAGCGUGUCUCUCCGCGUGACGCAUCAGAACGUGUGUUGCAUCUGCAGUUUGCUGCCCGCGCGCUGCCCGCCCCAGGCCGCGGUUUGGUCGAGGCUCGCCUGCCGUGCUCUCUCCAGCAGCGGGCUCCCCGUGCCCGCUAGUCCUCUACCUCAGCCCCGGGUCAUUUGUGGCCGUGCCUGCGCGGAGCCCAGCGGGCCGGCGGGUUCGCCCCCGCUCCGCUCGCGGCCCCCGCCCGUGCCACCGAAUGAUUCCGCGCUGAUCUUGCCCUUGGGCGCGAGGUGGAGGGAAAGCCUCGGGAGGGGCUGGGGGAUGCUUAGACCCGAAAGGGGCACCGAGCCCCCAGGUGGCAGGUGAGUGAGACGCUGCCACGACGGGCACUGAAGUGGCUCCUGACACAAGGCUUCUUGCGGCGCUGGGACCGCUCUCGCCGGCCGCGGAAGAGGAGGGGCGUGGAAGCCACAUUCUCGUUGUAAUUUAAUAAAGUAGUUUGUGAAGAGCUGACUGCUUGACGAGAUAAAAGCACUUAAUGAAUUCCCCGAAGUUGUCAUGGAUGCCUUAACGACUUUCUCUGGAAGAUCACUGCCCGGACGGUCCCUUUGUGGUAUAAAUCACACGCUGACCCGUUGCACACCACACACCUGGACCGCUCGACUUCGUGGCUUGUCCCCUUGGGGCGGAUGCGUGAGGCCGGGGGCAGGGCGGCAGGGGGCAGGAACUGAAGGCGCACGUGCGGGUGGGUCGCUUGGGCUUCCAAGCCGUCCAGGGCGCGGUGCUCAGUGCGGGACCUCUGUGUCGUGUGUAGGACCAGGACGCUUUGAUCGGCGUUGUUUCUUUGGAGUCCACGUAAUGGAAUGUAUUUUCAAAUACUGAUACUUGCAUUUUCUGUAACAAUUCCUUACAAUAAAAUGAGGUAAAAUUGUGCA